UCAAGAAUAUUCGCUUAGGGCUCUAAGGUUUGUUGUUGCGGGAAGGGAAUGCUGCUGCAGCCCACGCGAUGGCGGCAGCUAAUGGAUGGGAUCGGGCGUGCGGGGCGUCAGGUCGAUUCGGCAUUCUCUUGGCGGCAGCCGAUCCAUGGCGCUGGAGGGCCUGGGCCUCGGAUCGAGCCGGCAUUCUCUUGCCCGCGCCGGUUUUACGCAAUCCUCACCAUGGAUGACUGCAUUCCCAAGCCGCGGCCCAUCGUGGAGGCCGUUCCCAAGCCCAUGGACAGGACGUCGAGGAGGACGGGUCUCAUUGCUGUGAAAUGCGGCAUGACCGCGGUCUGGGACAAAUGGGGGCGGAGGAUUCCAAUCACUGUGCUAUGGGCCGAUGAUAACCAGGUUGUCCAAGUGAAGACAGUGGAUCACGAAGGAUUCAACGCUCUCCAGGUGGGAUGUGGCCAGAAGAAGCCCAAGCAGCUGAGCAUACCAGAGCUCGGCCAUUUCCGAUCGAAAGGCGUGCCGAUCAAGCGAAAGCUCAAAGAGUUUCAAGUCUCCGAAGACGCGCUCCUCCCGGUCGGGACUCCACUUACCGUGAGGCAUUUUGUUCCUGGCCAGUUCUUGGACGUCACCGGCGUCAGCAUAGGAAAAGGAUUCCAGGGUCCGAUGAAAAGAUGGGGUUUUGCUGGAAUGCCUGCGUCCCACGGAGCCUCGCUUUCUCACAGAAGCCAUGGAGCCACUGGAGGAAGAAAAUCACCAGGCAAAGUUUUCAAGAAUAAAAAGAUGGCAGGACAAAUGGGAAACCGGAAGGCCACUGUGUUUUGCGUCUGGGUUUACAAAGUGGAGCCGCAGCGAGAUCUUAUAUGGGUCAAAGGACAGGUACCGGGUUGCAAAGGAAAUUUUGUCUACAUCAGAGACUCUUGGAACAAGCCGCCAGACGUUUCGCUCACUCCUUUUCCGACACAUUUCGCUCCUCCUGACGAAGAUCCUGCGACUCUAGAGGCACUGAUCGCAGAUGUAGGAGCCGAAGAUCCUUUCCAAGUUGAUGAAGAGAAGAAGUGAUCAUAGCACAAAGUUUUGGAAUAAUCCGCAUUUCUAACUUAUUCCAAAUCACGAUUCUGGGCUUGACAUUCACCAAUUACUGUUUGCUACCAAUUUCAACAUACCAAAUCUGACGUAGUUUCAAAUGAAAACAAUAUAUAUAUUCGCAAAA